AUGUCGAAGGCUGUGCGUGGCUCGUUCCCAAUCUCGAUCAAGGAUCCUGUGGAGAGAAUUCAAGCGUACAUGAACACAUACCAAGAUGACCCUGAAUACGAUGGGUUCGACGCUCUGCUCAUGCGGAACUUGAGAGUCAUAUCAGCCAAGGCUACUGAUGCUGCUCAAGACGGCAUGGAGGCUGUGUCGGUCUAUGAACUGGAUGUAGUCCCCGGUUUGUGCAAUUCCAUGGGAAACAUGCAUGGAGGUGCAGUGGCCACGCUGGCAGACAACACCACGACACUUGCUGCAGCGCCCAUUUCGCGACCGGGCUUUUGGGAGCAUGGAGGAGUGUCACGCACGUUGAACGUGACGUACCUGAGACCAAUCACCAAGGGAUCCACGCUCAGAAUUGAGUGCGCAGUCCGAUCUGUUGGCCAAAAGCUCGCUGCUACCCAGUGCAGUAUAAGGAGUAAGGAGACUGGCAAAGUCCUGGCUCUGGCAGAACACAACAAGGCAGCCAUAGCGACGCAAAACCUCCCAGGCCGUCUGUGA